AUGCGACCUAGAGUUGCUUUCGUGCUCAUGGUCUCCUUUGCAUUUUCCUUUGCUCAAAACGCAACUGAGCUCAAGCUGCAACUCGCUGCUGGAAAUGUCGAGGCUUUGUUCCAAGACGAUGCGGGGUAUGUUGCAGCAAGUCAACCCUACAAUCUACGAUACAUCGUAGAACCUAUCGCGAUCGCCUAUCCAGAAAGCGUGGAACAGAUCUCAACAGUGGUCAAAGCCGGUGUCAACCAAACCCUGAAGGUAGUUGCGCGAAGCGGUGGUCAUUCAUACAUCGCAAAUGGCCUUGGAGGCACGAAUGGAUCGCUUGUCGUGGAUUUGAGCCAGAUGAAAAACAUCACAGUCGACACAGUGACUGGGAACGCUAUAAUUGAACCCGGAAAUCGACUCGGAGACGUUGCAUUAGUGCUCAAUGAUGCAGGAAGGGGAUUGCCUCAUGGAAGGUGUACAUAUGUUGGUAUCGGUGGUCAUUCCGGUUUCGGUGGCUGGGGUUUUGCUUCUCGAAUGUGGGGUAUGACGCUCGAUAAUGUCCUGUCCGCCACAGUCGUACUAGCGAACGGAUCCAUAGUCACCGCCUCUGAAGACUCGAACCCAGAGCUGUAUUGGGGAAUCCGAGGGUCUUCGGCGUCAUUUGGAAUUGUAGCUUCAUUAGAAUUCCGAACAUACGCCGUUCCUUCCUCUGCAACGGCUUUUGAGUUUAUUUGGGAGAUGGAUAUUCCAACUGCAUCUAAUGCAUUUAUGGAAUUUCAAUCAUGGGCUCUCAGUGGCAACGUUCCACUGGAAUUCGGUGGCGAAAUUGGUUUUUUGAAAGGUUUGGCGUAUGGACAGGUCCAGUUUGCCUUCCUUGGGAAUUACUUCGGUCCUGCAGAUUCGUUCAAUUCUACGAUUGCUCCCUUCUUCGACAAAUUGCCUAUCCCCAAUACCACCAAUGUUACUCAGGGAACUUGGAUCGAGGCUCUAACUGCUAUUGCUGCCGGCAAUAUGAACACAACUGUUCUGCCCGACACCAAUGAUACCUUUUAUGCAAAAUCCCUCAUGGCGCCUCAACUUAGUCCUUUGACCAAUGCGUCGAUGAUUGCGUUAGUGACUUACCUGGCAGAAGUGGGAUUCAAUAACUCUGAUUUCUGGCACGUCGAGGUUGAGUUAUACGGUGGCAAUCAAUCCGUGAUCAACCAAGUCGAUUUAAAUGAUACCGCUUUCGCGCAUCGGGAUACCCUGUUCACCUUCCAGCCCUAUGCAUCUUCUCCAAACCUUCUUCCGCCUUAUCCAAACAGCGGUUUCGAAUUUGUCGAUGGUAUGAUCUCCAGCUUGACAUCGAACAUGCCAAGCGACUGGGAAUGGGGUGCCUAUCCCAACUAUAUCGACGAUAGAUUGCCAGACUGGCAACGACGUUAUUAUGGCUCUCAUUAUGAUCGCUUGCAGCUGUUCAAGUCUUUGGUUGAUCCUUUUGAUACCUUCCACUUCCCUACCUCGAUCGAAGAGUUAUGA